AAAUCACAAUAUCGUCAGCGAGGAGCCGAGUUUACAAAUGCAUAACUGUACCAGUUUUGGUGCUGCAAUGUUCUACAAGGAUGAAGAAACUUGAAAAUGAACCCAGAAAAAAGCUUGGGACGAGAUGUCUCGAAAAUUCCUAGCCCCAGAAUAAACUCCUUCUUCGGCUCGGAACAAGUGUCUAUCAAAAAGCUUUUUCGAGGAUCAAUAAUGGCCAAAACAAUGUCAACAACUAGUUCGUCUUACAUAAUAACUACCAUAGAUUUGACAACUGCUUUCAUUGGUAACAUCUACAACACAAAGCACCGUGGAUUAGCCAUCUUUGGACUACUAGUGUGGAUAUUUAACAUUAUUAUUUCUUUUGCAUUUGAUUUUUACGAGUCUCAUGUCAAGUAUGGGCUCGCUUGGGCUGUAGUCAAAGGGACCGAAUGGUUAACUUUUUGCUUGGGAACGUACUUUGCGAUCUUUAAGACAAUCCCUUGGAUGAAGAAAGGGUUGGAUAUGCUGGAAAAGGAUGGGCAGUAUAAUAGAUCUCUGCUUAGAAUCACAGCCAGUAUUAAGAAGCUACAGUUAUUCCUGUUCAUAUUCACGCUCACUGGGUCCUCAGUACAGUAUGUAAUCUUGAGGCUCGACAAGGCAAACCACGUGGCUUUCGAUCAAAGUGUUUCAUAUGGGGCUGAGGUAUUGCUUCACUUGCUUCGAUUCGUUAGCGGUCUCCACGUCUUGUAUGCCUACGCCUUGUUCUGGUAUAUUGCUAGCUGUGUUAUGGAAAUGACUGGACAUUCUAUGGUGGAAUUUCAAGAGUGCAUCAGUACUCGACUGCGAAGCAAGUUUCAUUCUCCGACAUUGAGGGAAGCUGUGACUAGCUUUGAUGAAAGAAUAAAGUUUGUCAAAACAUCUUCGAGAUCUUGUUUGGCUCUUCUGUUUCUUUUGCUGUCUCUUACCCUUCUGUCCAUCAUGGUCAACGCGUAUCUUUACCUUUACAAAAACCGCUAUCGAAUYUACAUUUGGCACGCUCUAAUGCCUCUGAUCCUCGCUGUCUACCCAUUGUGCACCGCGGCCUGGGUCACUAAACAAUAUCAUUGGUACUUUAUAGUGGUGGUGAAGGCAUGGGCCGAGUACCCAGAGGACAGUAGUGACUCGGAUUCUGACAUGGAGACCGCCACAGAUACACAAGACAAGGAAACAAUAACCAAUAGGUUUAAAACCAAAGUAGCGCCAAGUACAGACAUGCGCAUUCAUCUCCCCGAUAAGGGUCACGUGUCAGUAGGAGAACCAAUCAACACGCAGAAUAAUGCUGAGAUAUUACGAAAAGUCUUUAGAGGAUCCAUCAAAGCAGUAGGAAAAUGGCAGCGGAAUCGAAAAAUUCCUUCCUUUAGAUUUGAAAAAUAUAUAACUUACCUAAAUCAGGUGGCGCCUUCAUCGGGGUUCAAGAUUGGUGUUCUGACAGUUACUUGGGAAAGAGUAUCGGCUUCGCUUUUUCUUUUGAUAUCGAUUGUGGCCGUAUUUAUUCAAGAAACGAUUUUUGGUGACAAAAAGUCCCAAUUAUGAUUAGAAAUAAAUAUACAACAAAGGCUGAUACGAAAAAUUAGACCAGAUUGUGCAAGCAUUUGGAAAAACAUAAGGCCAGGUAUUUUUGAUGCGUUUUCGUUUGAAAAAAAAAUGGUGAUAUAUAAUUUAAAUCGCCUUACAGCAAAAGACAGCACAUCUAUCACUACCUAUGCAAGAAAUACAAACACACGUGAUUAUAUAUCAUCUGUUAUAUUUGUUUUGUUUUGCCCCCUGGCCACCCAAUAAUGCCUUGCGAUCCAAGAUGGCCGCUAUAUCGUCGAGGUAGUUCAUUCGUUAUGAAAAAUAAAGCCAUUUGGAGGUU